AUUCAAACCUAUUCUCGUUUUCCGCACCUAGAUUACCCUCCCAUUUUCCCCAUUUAUCCCUCGUUCCUAACUCCUUUUUCUUCAAUGUCGCAUUACGAGAUUCAUUAGAAAUUUGCGAGCGAUACGGCGAGGGUUUUGGGGACAUUACUGGCGGUGACAACGGAGAAUUACCGGUGCUGACAUGGUGGUGGAAGCUUCGAUUGAUUCGGGUCAUGGCAAAUCGAGCGUCAAUGAAUUUAGCUGUGAUUCAAAAGGUGGAGGAUAUCUUACACAAUCAGCAAUUGGAGCUGCUGUCUAUUGUUCUCCCUCUCCUCCGUAUGAGGGGGAAUCGUUCUCGCAGGCACAUGAGGACCAUCAGAGCUGCUUUUUCUCGGCUAAACCGGAUCCCUGCCCAAGUAAGGUACUUUAAUAGGCUCGUGAAUGUCUCUGACGUCGCCUGCAUAGAUAACUUGCGUAUGGACCGCAACACAUUCGGUAGAUUAUGCAUUCUCCUUCGUGGGACCGGGGAUUUGGUGGAUGGGAACUUUGUGAGUGUGGAGGAACAAGUUGCCAUGUUCUUGGGAAUCCUAGCACAUCACAAAAAAAAUCGUAUAGUGCGGUUUCAAUUUACGAGGUCUGGAUAUACUGUAUCACGUUAUGUGCACGCCGUGCUCGGUGCGGUCCUCAAGCUACAUGAUACCCUGCUCGUGACACCCGAACCUGUGUCUGAUGAGUAUGAUGAUAGUAGGUGGAAAUGGUUCAAGGGAUGCCUUGGAGCUCUGGAUGGAACGUACAUUAAUAUGCAUGUACCAAAUGAGGACAAACCCCGCUAUCGAUCAAGAAAGGGGCAGAUUUGCACGAAUACAUUGGCUGUAUGUGAUCGGAAGAUGAGAUUUGUGUAUGUUCUUUGUGGAUGGGAGGGUUCAGCUGGAGAUGCACGUGUAUUACGUGACGCCGUCACUCGGGAACACGGUUUAAAAGUUCCAAGAGGCAAUUACUACCUGUGCGACAAUGGCUACGCGAAUAGCGAUGGCUUCCUUACUCCAUACAAGGGGGUCAGGUAUCAUCUGAAGGAGUGGGGUGUAGGUACACAGGCACCACAAAAUGCGCGUGAAAUAUUCAACAUGAGACACACAAAAGCUCGUAAUGUGAUUGAGAGAGCAUUUGCAGUGUUAAAAAUGCGUUGGGGUAUAUUAAGGAGCGCUUCGUACUAUCCAUCGAAAAUCCAAAUUAGACUUAUGAUAGCUUGUUUCUUAUUGCACAACUUUAUUAGGUCUGAAAUGGAAAAUGACCCAAUGGAAAUUGACUUAGACAAUGCAACACCAAUUGAUGUCGGCCAGGGUGAGGGUCAUGCGACAGAAUUUGUCGAUAUCGUUGAGCCAUCUCCGGCGUGGACCAACAUGCGUGACACACUUGCAGAAUCAAUGUGGAAUGGGUAUGGGAUCAAUUUGGCUCCGUGAACGUGAACGUUGGUUACCUUUUGAAGCAGCAACAUUGAGUUCUUGGAUCGAGUUUGUUUUUUUGGACAUGAACCUGCGAUGUGCUUAACACUUGCGUGCUUUAAUCUUCACUCUAUUUGCAUGUAAUCUUUCAACUAUUUGGCUGUAAUCUUUAAACUGACUUGACUCUAUAAAUUGCAGUGUUAUAUAACUACUCCCAUUCAACUUUUUGGAAUGAAUCAUUUUGUUCUAAA